CUCCUCCUCCUCUCCCCUGCCUUGGACACGGCUAAACGCGUCGGAUGCGACGCGGCAAAAAAUUUUUGGACACGCGUGUCCCUGUAACACUGGCCAGAUGAGCACUAAAGAGUGAUGAUUGCUAAUCAUGACAAUGUUUUGAUGAAAUGGGGUAUCACCAUAUCGCUAUACCGAUAUUGGGUAUUGGUACACUAUUGAUUCUGGUUGAACCGCUUAGGUUGUUUGUAUGGUUCUGCAGAUCCCAAUAUUUUAUCAAGAGAACAGAGGGAGGAGUGCAAAGUUUGGACUAUGAUUUUGGAAAACCCUCCAGCGCAAUGUCUAUUCGUUUAUUACGGACUAAAAUGGACAUGUUUCGGCAUUGCAUGCGUGGAUGUGUAACUUUCAGCACGGUGCAACCAAAAAUUGCUGCAGUCGGAAUUGACAUUGGAUCAAAAAAUUCAAGAGUUGCAAUCACAGAUUCCCUGGUGCCACGAGUUGUUGAUAGUGAAAUUGGGCGUUACGUGCCAUCCAAUGUUACUUUUGCUUGGCUUAAGUCUGAUGUGUGGUAUGCAUGGGCUCUACAACAUUUGGACAGUGUUGGCAAAUGUGUUGCAGUUGGAGAACUUGCGAAGCGCAGAAUGUUGAGGUGGCCUUCUAAUGUUGUCUUCAAUAUAAAGAGUUUGAUUGGGAUGCAAUUUGAUGACUAUUAUGUCCAAGAAAUGAGAAAAAAGGUCCCUUUUAGCAUUAUUGAAGGACCAAGAGAAGAAGCUUGGGUGGAAAUUCAUGGAAUGAAAUUUUCUCCUAUUGAAAUCGCAAGUACCCUUUUUGCAAAACUGAAAGAUGUUGUUCUGAUGGACCAAUUUCAUGAUAAAUUAAAAGUGGUCAUAAGUGUACCUACUUUCUUUAGCGAUCAACAAAGGGAGGGCAUAAAGUCAGCUGGAGAAAGGGCAGGCUUAGAGGUAUUGAAAGUAAUAGAUGAACCAAAAGCAGCUGCACUUUCUAGCACAACAAUAAAAGAAGGUAAUGUUGUUGUUUUUGGCAUGGGUUCCGGAUCGUACAGUGUCUCAAUCCUUCAUGUAUCAGGAACAAACAUUAAGAUCAUAACACAAAUUGGUGACCGCUCUGUGGGUGGUGAUCUGUUUGACAAUAUCCUUGUGGACUAUUUUGUUAAACAGAUUAUGGAACUUUAUUCGGUCGACAUUCGUGGAGAUAAGUAUGCUAUGAUGAUACUUGCGGAAGUGGCCGAGCAAGCUAAAGUGGGAUUAUCAAGCCAGCAUGAAGUCACUGUUUCAAUCCCUUACGUGACUGCAUCCACUCAAGGCCCUGUUGAUCUUCACUUUUCUAUUUCUCGCCCAGACUUUGAGAAGUUAGUGCAUAACUUGGUAGAGAUUAUUGAGGACAAGUGCCAGAGCAUUUUGAAAGAGUCUAAUUUUAGUCACGAGGAUAUUAAUGAAGUUGUAUUGAUGGGGGGGAUGACAAGAGUGCCCAAGAUACGAAGAAUUAUUUCCAAAGUCUUUGGCAAGCAUCAUAGCACAAGAGUGAACCCUGAGGAGGCUGUUGUUAUUGGUUCAGCAAUACAAGCCGCUCUCAUUGUAGAAGAUGAACGAGAGAUCAGUGAAGACAUGAUUCCACUCUCUAUUGGAAUUGAGUCUGCAAAGGGGGUCUUUACCAGGGUCAUUCCAAGGCACACCACAAUCCCUACGAAGCGGAUGGUACGGGUGCCUGUAUGGUGUUCUUAUGGAGAAUCCCUGCAUAUAAGAAUUUUUCUUGGGGAGCAUGUACGGGUUGAUAAUAAUAAGUUAUUGGGAGAGGUAGAACUAAUCAGUUAUAGGAGUUCAUAUCAGGGUUCGGUUGACAUUGAGUUGACAUUUGAAGUUGAUGCAAACUUUGUGGUUACAGUAACUGCGAGAUAUGCUGAUGAUCAGCUUGAAGGCGCUGAUGUGAGGAAAGCAUUCAGUGUCUUGUCGGUAUCAGUACGUAAGGAGGUUAUGUGUAAGCAGAGCGUCUUCAAUGAUGUCAAAGAUGCUUUACUUGACUGGCCAAUGCAUGUUACACGAAUCCAUGCUCAUCUCAGAAAUCAGGCAAGAUAUUUAAUCAACAGUCUCGGUGAUGUCUUGUCUGUCAGAAAGGAUGAUCUUCCAACGGACCUUCAUGAGGAUGCGAUAAAGGCCUUGGCUGAUCUGCAUACAGCUCUAGAGGGAGAUGUUGAUGUGUUGAAAGACAAAAUUCUCUAUGCUACAUCAGUGCAAUCUACUGUGGUGCACUGGACGUCACCAUCAGAAUCUGGCGGCUGUGCUGCUGCCAGGAAAAGGCAAAAAGAAGAAAUGGCGGGGGCAGAUUUCGACUCUUCUUCCUCCAGCUCCUCCGACGAUGAUGACGAGACAACGACGACGGGCCAAGAGGACCGGCGAGCCUAGGCGACAAUAUUAGGAUCAUGCCAAUCGUCAGCUUUUUGGCAUUUUCUGUGCUUAGGUCAUCCUCAGAAGUGUAUCUUCGAGAGAACUUAGUAAGCUAUGAAAAUAAGAACUCAGAUUGAAUCUUUUGUUCAACACUGAUUCACAACUUGUCUGUUUUAC